UAGUUUUUCCCCGGUCAUUGACCCAAGUCUUCACCUCGGGUCAUCAUGGACAUUUUAAAGAACAUUUUUAUUGGAACAAUCGCUAUUUUUAUUCUAAAAGCACGACGUUUGAACAACAUUAGAAAAUUAAAAGAUGGAAGUUGACAGAACUUCACAUGACCUUCGACCCAUGACAUGUGAAUUAGGUCAUUUGUCAAGGUCUGACGGCUCUGCAACCUUAACACAGGGGGACACAACUGUGAUAACUUCUAUGUAUGGUCCCGGAGAUGUUCGCAUAUCCAAAGAAAUAAUUGACAAAGCUACAGUAGAAGUUACAUAUAAACCUAAAGUUGGAUUGCCAAAAUGUUCAGACAAACUGAAAGAAAGAUUGAUCCGGAACACUUGCGAAACAGUGAUUUUGUCAGGCCUUCAUCCAAGAACUGGAAUAGACAUAAUUCUUCAAGAAAUGCAAAACAGUGGAUCAUUUCUUUCGUGUUGUAUUAACUCUGCCUGCUUAGCACUUCUUGAUGCCAGCAUUCCUCUCAAAUAUUUGAUAGCUGCUGUUACUUGUUGUAUAUCAGAUAGAGGGGAAAUUACUCUAGAUCCAGACUUGAAACAAGAAAAGAAAAGUGUGGCAAUAUUAACAUUUGUGUUCGAUAGUAAAGACUUUAAUGUUAUCACUGUCUCGACAUCGGGUAGUUUUUCCAAUGAACAAUUUCAAUCUUGUUUAAUGGCUUGUAGAGAGGCUUCUAAACAUGUGAUUGCCUUUUACAGAGAAUCUAUGUUGAAGAAAUUAUCCAAGUCUGUUUAGUGGGUACAAAUGUUUGAAUAAAAUGUCAUAUAUGUAAAUGCUUAAGUUAAUCAACUUGCCCAUCUUUGGACCAGGAAUUGACGUCAAAUGUACAAACUUGCCAAGGUUCAUGUCUGUUGUACAUGAAUUGGUAGAACUGUAGGGUUUGCUUUUUUUUUGAGAGCCUCGCCCCCAAGAACACCAAAAAGAAGAACAAGAUGAGAAGCCCUUGGGGACCAGUUCUGAUCAAAAAAUGUGUAAGGCUUGAUGUGUCAUUGGCAUUUUCAUUAAAAUAUCAAAUAUGUA